GCCCAUCUCCAGGCACCCUCUGCUGCCUCAGGAGCCGCUGUUGCUGCCAGUGCCAUCCCCAGCACCCCCCAGUCCCUCAAGCUGACUUACCCAGAGACCUUGGAUCGCAUCAAGGAGGAAUUCCAGUUCCUGCAGAACCAAUACCACAGCUUGAAGUUAGAAUGUGAAAAGCUGGCAACAGAAAAAACAGAAAUCCAGCGUCAUUAUGUCAUGUACUACGAGAUGUCCUAUGGCCUGAACAUCGAGAUGCACAAACAGCAGCACCUCUCCCACCACGCUCCCCCCAUCCCGCUGACCCCACACCCCUCUGGGAUGCAGCCUGCUGGCCUGGCUGGCAUCAGCAGUGCCUCGGGGCUGCUGGCACUCUCGGGGGCACUGGGGGCCCAGGCCCAGCUCCUCGCCAAGGAUGACAGAGGAGUCCAUGACACAGAGCCCAGGGCGUCAGACCGAGACCCCGGCCCCAGCUCCCUGGCACUGUCGAACGGGGAGCGCGCGCGAGCCAUCGCCGAGUACCUGAGCAGCAGCAAGAAGAGGAAGGUGGAGGAGAAGGAUUUUGUUACAGAUUAUGGCAGCGAUGCAGACAAAAGUGAGGACAACCUGGUGGUGGAUGAGGACCCCUCUUCCCCGCACAGCGUCCACUCCUACUCAUCCCGGGAGAACGGGGUGGAGAAGGUCCCGCUGGGCAGGAAGGAGGCCGUGCCCCUCAGCCCCACCUCCAUGGCCUCCUCCAGCAGCACGUCCCCGUCUCGGAGCAAGGAUGCACCCACGAUCUUCUCCCUGGGCUACUGCCCCAUGGGAGAGUGGCUGGCCGUGGGCAUGGAGAGCAGCAACGUGGAGAUCCUGCACGUCACCAAACCCGACAAGUACCAGCUGCACCUCCACGAGAGCUGUGUCCUCUCUCUCAAAUUCGCCUCCUGUGGGAAGUGGUUUGUGAGCACAGGGAAGGACAACCUGCUCAACGCCUGGAGGACGCCCUACGGCGCCAGCAUCUUCCAGUCCAAGGAAACCUCCUCAGUCCUCAGCUGUGACAUCUCCACGGACGAUCAGUUCAUCGUGACGGGCUCAGGGGACAAGAAAGCCACAGUUUAUGAGAUCAUUUACUGAGCCCCAGAGGUGCCAACUGCAGGACAGGCAGCUGUCCACAGGGAUGGACAGGUGGACUCUACCUGCCCUGCUGCUGACUUCCCAAAGAACGUGCAGCCAUGGCUGUGGCAUCCCAGCUGGAGGAGAGAGGAGAGGGGUGGAGGUGGCCCUGGCACCGUGGCCAGGCAUGGUGCAGGCUGCUGCUCGGGGUGGAUUUCCUGGGGACUUUCUCCUUGUUUUGUUCUUUGUGGGUUUCUUUCUAAAUCUAGACUGUGGGAGUUGGAGAUGAGGGGGGGAGGUCUGGCGUUGUUAGGGGGUUUUGUUUGGGUGCUUUUUUUUAUUUUUGGUUUUUAAACUUUUUGUUGUGGGGUUUUUAUUUGUUUAAGGCUCUGGGCUUGGCAGGGUGGAUGGGCUCUGGGUUUCCUUCCCCCUGUGCCUCCCAGGGUGUAUUUAAUAAUAAAAACAAACAAAAAAAAAGAAAGGCAGCUGUGCCUUGUCCUGGGCAGUACCCUCGAUGCUCUGUGUGGGUGGGAUGGAGCCAGGUGGGAAGGGGUGACACCACAGCAGGAACCUUGUCCCUUUUGGUCACAACGUGCUGCUCCUUUGCUGUGCUGAGGAGGGUCUGAGGGGGCUCCUCGGUGGGCAGAGCCCAUCGCUGGCCCUGCUGGAGCAGCAGCGUGGGCACAGCGUGGUGCUGGCUCUGCCGUGCCCCAGUGGAGCAGCCUGGGGCUCUGUGGGUGCGGGGGAGAGGCGAGGCCAGCCCCGGAGGAAGUGGUUUGUGAAGGAAAUGAGAUGUGAGCACUCAGCGCCUGCCUUAUCGGUGUGGCCGCCUGCCAGCACUGCCGUGGGCGAGCAGGGCUGCUCCCAGGAGCCCGGGGCUGCCAAGGGCUGCGGUGUGGCAGCUGCUCCGGGCUCCUGCCCCAGCCACAGCUCACCGCAGGCACCACAGAGCGCUGCAGGCCAGCAGCCACACCUCUGCCCCGCUGGGAGCGUCCCCUCCUGUGCUGCUGGCCAAAAU